AGAGAAGAACAGAGACCUUGGAGACAAGGCUGAGUUGAAGUUCCAUCUUCUUGAUCCUACCAUCUCUUUGCCCUGAUCUCUCUUCUUCUUCCUCCUCUUCCUCCUCUUGCAGAACAUGAGUGAUUUUCACCUGGACCUUGGUCCCCUCAAAGAGCCUCUAGGUUUCAUCAAACUUCUUGAGUGGCUCUUUGCGGUGUUUGCGUUCGCUUCUUGUGGAGGGUACAAGGGGGUGACCACGCUUCUGGUCUCCUGUCACGGCGUGGUGAAUAAAACAAUAACCGCCUCUUUCAGUUAUCCUUUCAGGUUGAACACAGUUGUAUUCACUUCGCCAGAUCCCACCCGAUGCAACGGCACCUGGACAGAUAUCUACCUGGUGGGCAACUUCUCCUCCUCGGCCCAGUUUUUCGUCACCUUUGGAGUCCUGAUCUUCUUCUAUUGCAUGAUGGCCCUGGUGUUUUACCUUGGCUACAUGCACGCCUAUCGGAAUGGUAGCAAUUUCCCAAUGAUCGAUUACAUUUUCACGCUCUGCGCUGCCUUCCUGUGGCUGGUCAGCACGGCUGCCUGGGCCAAAGCUCUCGUGGAUAUCAAAAUAUCGACCGGUUACCGCAUUGUGGAAGAAAUACCGGUGUGCAAAAUGGUGGACUCCUCCUGCGCAUUUGCUUCCGUUACCAGCAUGGGAAGUUUGAAUGUGUCUGUGGUGUUUGGCUUGGUGAAUAUGAUUCUGUGGGGUGGAAAUGCUUGGUUUGUAUAUAAGGAGACUAGUCUGCACAAAUCUAACAGUAAUUCUCCAAAGCCAGGAUUCUACCCACCAACAUCAGGAAUCUGAACAGUUACAGAUUGAAGCUAAGCGGGCGCGUGUUUCAUUUUGUUGACAAGUUUGAAUGCACUGUAUUUCGAAAAUAUUUUACCAUUAACUUUAGCAAAUGUACAAUUUGGAAGAAAAAUCCCGGUGUA